AUGGAUUCCGAUUUAAAUGAAAAUCACGAUUCUAGUUCAGCCUUUAAAUUUAACCCAAACGCUACUGAGUUUAAGCCUAGUAGUUCGUGGUUGGAUGUUGAAGUUGACUCACCAGGUGAUUCUUGCGCUGACGCAAUGGAAUCUUUGAAGAUUUCGGAAGAUCAGCAAGUUGAUUUCGAUGAAGAUAGCGAUAGUCAACAGAGCGAUUCCAAUAAAGAGGCCACACUUAAAAAGAAGGAAACAAAGGAAUCAUCUCUGCCUCCUCCGGAUUCUAGAGCACACAUAAAUAUUGUGUUCAUUGGACACAUAGAUGCUGGGAAGUCGACGACCUGUGGAAAUAUACUGUACUUAUCUGGAUACGUGGAUGAACGUACAAUUGAAAAGUACGGAAAGGAAGCAAAGGAUAAGAACAGAGAAAGUUGGUUUUUAGCAUUUAUAAUGGACACAAACGAAGAAGAACGCGAAAGGGGAAAGACGAUAGAAGUCGGUAGAGCAAAGAUGGAGACGCCAAACAGAAGAUUUACGAUCUUGGACGCGCCAGGUCACAGGAACUAUGUGCCGAACAUGAUAGAAGGAGCUACACAGGCGGACUGCGGAGUCCUCAUCAUAUCAGCAAGGAAGGGAGAGUUUGAAACGGGCUUUGAGAGAGGAGGACAGACGAGAGAACACGCACUUCUGGCGAAAACACUAGGUAUUGCUUCAUGUGUGAGUCUUAACGUCUUUAGGAGUAAGCUACCUGAUAGUAGCAAUCAAUAA